AUAACAACUCCUUAAAAACUCCUAUGGUAAAAACGAGGUCGCACGGCGCCGUUGCGGCCGCACUCGGCCCGAUUUCAUGUCUGGCUGGACUCAUCGCAUACCUCACUCUUUUAUUAGACGCCGCUGUCAGGUUACGUUUGCUGCCAAGAGGUCAAAGACUGUGUAAAAUACUUUAGUUUUGCAGCAAAAAGUGGCAGAAUGUGUUGUUUUGUUGUCCUUAAUUCUGUUCAUCGCACACUGAAGAACAGAACAGAGUCAAAGAGCUGAUAUAAGUCAACAGCUUCAAUAUGUCUGUGAAUCAGAUUAAGCUCUUAAACUGAGUGUAACUGUGACUCAGACAGACGGCAUCAUCCCAGGACUCACGGCUGUGACUCUAUCGUCUCCAGGGCUCAUUUGAUUAUUAUUGUUGGUUGUGAAUAUUGUUGUUGUUGUUGUUAUUAUUUCCAUCCUGUCUCCUCUUAUCACCGCUUCUCAGUCGUUUCCUGACUCGUGCUCGUGUAAACACUUCGCGCUCGGACCGGGCGGAGGGAGCGCGAGAGCUACAUGCGGCUUGUACCGUGCUCAAUGGCGGCGGGCACGCCCAGUGCGCGUCCACGUGGAGCCGCGCCGCCGCUUCACCUUCCUUCACUUUACUGACCUGCUUUAGUUAGCGAGGAUGCGCGUGCCUGCGGAGCGUGCUCCGUGGUGGCUGAUCCCAGAUCUGUGUCUGCGGGGGGAGUACGUGACCCCCCUUCACCUCCCCCCGCUACUGAACGUCACAUUCAGCACGUCUCACACUUGCCUCGCGCAAGGCGACUUGUGUCAAGUCACCUCGACUUCCUGUAGUGGCCACCAUUUAUUCUUCAUAAUAAAGAGAGGAAAAGUAACGCAACAGGUAAUGAGGUACAGAUUCCGCGGGUUCAGCACACGCAGUGUCUGUGUUACGAUGUAAACGUGGCGGCUCCUCCGUCGGUGCCGUCUGUUUCACUCGGUUUCACCUUAUUCCUCCAUCUGGAGACAACACGCUCGUCUCACGCUCUUGUUUUGAAAGCGCCCACCGGAAACGGCUUGUGCAGCGGCUGCCGCGUGAGCAGCUGCUUGGUGAGAACAUGCGGUGAGACACGCAGCAGCGGCAGCAGCAACUCAGCGCCUGUGCUCAUAUUGAACUUCAGCGGGUCUGGGUUCAGUCGGGCCGUGUCAGGUUCGGGUGCUGGCUCAGGACUGACUUUCCUCCGGACCCGCUGACAUGCCCUGCAUCGAACACGUAUCGGACUCGGACUUGGAGCGCUUGGCUCUGGAGCGGGUCGUCCCGGCGCUGCAGCUGUACGGCUUCUCGUACGUGGACGGGUUCCUCGGGAAAGUGGUCGGGGACGCGGUGCUGGAGCAGGUGACAGACAUGCACCGGUCCGGAGCGCUGCAGGACGGACGCCUGGCCGGUUCCGUCCCGGGCGUCCACCGAAGGGACAUCCGCGGGGACAAGAUCGCCUGGGUGAGCGGCUCGGAGCGCGGCUGCGAGGCCAUCAGCUUCCUGCUCAACCUUAUCGAUAAGCUCGUGUCCAUGUGCGCCAGGCACCUCGGGAACAAGGCGAUCCGGGAGAGGUCCAAGGCCAUGGUGGCCUGUUACCCAGGAAACGGAGCAGGUUACGUCAAACACGUGGACAACCCCAACUGUGACGGACGCUGCAUCACCUGCAUCUACUACCUCAACAGGAACUGGAACGCCAAGGAGCACGGUGGCGUCCUCAGGAUUUUCCCUGAGGGGAAGUCCUACGUGGCCGACAUCAAGCCGCUGUUUGACCGUCUGGUCUUCUUCUGGUCCGACCGCAGAAACCCGCAUGAGGUGCAGCCCUCCUACGCCACCAGGUACGCCAUCACUGUGUGGUACUUUGACUCGGAGGAGCGAGCGGAGGCCAAGCAGCGGUACCUCACAGCAUCCAAACAGGAAGCAGGUCCCAGCUGAUGUUCCCGUCACCGACCAACCCUUCAGCUCUGCACAAGCUUCUGCAAAGGACAACUGGUUUCACUGCUGAUUUUGCACUGCGGAGAAUCUGUUUACCUGAAGCUGCUCGACUCUCCAGCUUCACCUGACGUGUGGAUUCACUGCUGACAAGGACACAAUCUCUCUGCUCCAGCCUGCUUCAACUACAAGUUACAAACAAGAUGAAUGAGUGUUGUGUUUAGCUCGUUUCACAUAUGUACAGUAAUAGGCUGGUCCUGCAAAAAGAGACGAGCGUUAUUCAAGUUUAUUUUAUGUGAGUAACAGACGCCGACGCUGGUUCGUGGCGGUGAGACACCUGAGAUAAGGUUCAACUUUGGACAAAGCCACUGAAAGAAAUACCUACAACCUAAGAAAUGUCUCAACUCCAUUUGUAAAAUAUUACUGAUUACAAAUACUCAAGAUUUAUGUAAAUAUUUUUAAUAAAAGUGCAAUUUUAGAACUUGGUUUGAAUAUUUCAGCAUGAUGUUACAGCAACAACAAUAACUUUAUUAGCUUAAGUUACACUGGUAUUGUUUUAACAGCACCUGAAAACAAGGUAACAUAAAUAUUUGAAUUGUCAGGGAUGUACAGACGCUUUAUAGGCUUCACUCUGAGCUGCUGGGGAUUAAUGUGGGUUUGGAACUUCAUGGAUCUUUGUGGUUAAAUGUAAUUGAUGACCUCACUACACCUAAAAAAAGAAAAACCUAAAACAUCCUCAUCAUUUACUCGCUGGCUCAAUAAACUAUAAACAAUAAAAUUA